AAGUUUACCUAGAGAGAUACCAUCUUAGGAAACAAAUCUUAUUCUAUGAAAAGGUUUUUCAAUUAUGAAUUUUCACUGCAUCAGAGAAUUUUUAUCAUUUAACCCUUAAAAGAAUUGAAACUACCAUAGCAGAUGCAGAAUAAUUGGUAUUCUGAUAGCAGCACCUGUUUUCUACAAACUGGAGUUGAAGUUCUUAAGGACAAGAGUACCAAUUCUAAGUAUAAAAUGAGGAGAUGGGUUAAAUGUGAAUGAGGAGGAGGAGGAGUCCUCAAUAGCUCCCAGGUAGAGCCUACUGGGGCCGCUUGAGGGAUAAAGGACAAGGACGGAGAAGCAGGUUGGGGAAAGUUCUCUGGGGAUCUCUUUCAUCCCUAAAAAGAUCAAGGCCCAUGAAGAUUUCCUACCUCUCUUUGUACUGCUCAGGUGUUUCCCUCUUCCCUUAUGGGUUGAGUGUUGGAGACCAGGAGUUUGUCAAGAGGACCACGGACUUUACUUCACCGCUCUUCAAGCCCGAGAUUGGUUUCCCUUUCGGCUCCUCUCUCCGGGAUUCCCUCUACUUCACAGAUAAUGGCCAGAUCAUUUUCCCAGAGUCCGACUACCAGAUCUCCUACCCUAACCCACCCCGUAGAGCCUUCACAGGCUGGGACCCUGUGGCCCUGGUGGCUCCCUUUUGGGAUGAUGCUGAUUUCUCCAGCCACCGAGGAACCAUGUUUUACCAGACCAACACCUACCAGGCCAUCCUCUCCACGGACGGGAGCAAGUCCUAUGCCCUGUUUCUCUACCAAAGUGGUGGCAUGCAGUGGGACGCUGCCCAACACCUAGACAAUGCCGUCCUCAUGGGCUUCUCCAGUGGAGAUGGGUAUUUCCAAAACAGUCCCCUCACAUUCCGGCCAGUGUGGGAGAAGUAUCGUCCAGAUCAAUUCCCGAAUAUCAACUCAGGCCCCCGGGGACUGCAGCUCUAUAGGCUACACAGGGAAGAAAGGACCAACUACCGUCUCAAGUGUCUUCAGUGGUUGAAGAGACAGCCUCAGUGGCCCAGCUGGGACUGGAACCAGAUCUCCUGCCCUUGCUCCUGGCAGCAAGGACAGUGGGACUUACGAUUCCAGCCCACCAACAUAGGCUGGUGGGGCCUCGGCAGCAGACAACUGUGCAGCUUCUCCUCCUGGCGAGGGGGCGUGUGCUGCAGUUACGGGCCCUGGGGAGAGUUUCGAGAAGGCUGGAGAGUGCGGCAUCCUUGGCAGUUUGACCAGGAACUGGAGCCCCAGAACUGGUGUUGCCGCUGGAAUGACAAGCCCUUCUUCUGCACCCUGUACCAGCAAAAGCAGUCCCCUGUCAGCUGUGCUGGAUACAGGCCCCCACGACCAGCCUGGAUGUUUGGGGACCCUCACAUCACCACCUUAGACGGUGCCAAUUACACCUUCAAUGGGCUGGGGGACUUCCUGCUGGUCCGGGCCCAGGACAGAAACUCGUCCUUCCUGCUGCAGGGCCGUACUGCCCAGACUGGCACAGCCCAAGCCACCAACUUCAUCGCCUUUGCUGCUCAGUACAACUCCAGCAGCCUGGACCCCAUCACGGUUCAAUGGAUCCUUGAGCCCAAUAACAAAAUCCAUGUUCGGCUCAAUAAUGAGACUGUGACAUUUGAGGCCAACCGUGAAGAUGCUGAAGGCCAGGAGACAUUCAACACCACUGGAAUCAUACUGAUGCGCAACGGCUCCCUGGUCUCAGCCAACAUUGAUGGGACGGUGACCAUCUCUGUGAUAGCUCUCUCCAACAUCCUCCAUGCCUCCUCCAGCCUUCCAGAAGAGUAUCAAAACCGCACAGAGGGCCUCCUGGGGGUCUGGAAUGACAAUCCAGGUGAUGACUUCAAGUUGCCCAAUGGUACCACCAUUCCCCGAGAGAGUUCUGAGGAGACGAUUUUUCAUUAUGGAAUGACCUGGAAAAUCAACGGAACAAGUCUCCUUGGCAAGAGGAAUGACCAGUUGCCUUCAAACUUUACCCCUGUCUUCUCUGACCAACUGAGAAACACCUCCAUGUAUCCCAGUUCGGCCCCCCAGUGUAAUGAAGAUCCACAAUGCAUCUUCGACUCUCUGGCCACGCGGAACAUAAGCACUGGGCUGCACACUAGGAUGCUCUUUAGAAGAUUCCAGGAGAUUAACGCCACCCUCAAUCAGUAUCCGCCCUCUAUUGAGGGGGAUCGCGAGGUUAAAGCCUACAAGGGCCAGACCAAGCGGAUUCAGUACACCAGCAACUCGGAGAAUGUCACGUUCUCUCUCAGAAACAACUCUACUGACUUCACACUCUUUGAGAAUGGAACAUUGCUAUGGGCACCAAAGUUGCCAGAACCGUUCACUCUGGAAAUUCUAGCAAGAAAUGCCAAGAAUGGCUUGUCAUCUGAACUGCAGCCCAGCACUGUGGCCUGCUUUUGCAGUGCAGAGCGACAGUGUUUAUACAACCAGACCAGCCGGGCGGGCAAUUCUUCUCUCAAGGUGGCCGCUUGCAGGUGUGAUGGGGACACCUUCGGUCAGUACUGCGAACGCUCCAGGGACCCCUGUGAGCAGUGCUUCCCGAACGUAAGCUGCACUCCUGGGAAGGGCUGUGAGGCCUGCCCCCCGCACAUGACUGGGGAUGGGCGUCACUGUGCAGCUCUGGAGAGCUCUGUCCUCUGUCAGAACAAGUCCUGCCCUGUAAAUUACUGUUACAACUAUGGCCACUGCUACAUCUCCCAGACUUCAGGCUGCCAGCCCAGCUGCACGUGCCCCCCAGCCUUCACUGACACCCGUUGCUUCCUGGCUGGGAACAAUUUCACCCCUACUGCCAGUCCAGAGAUUCCCUUAAGAAUCAUCCAGCUCUCGCUCAGUGAAGGACAAAAUGCCUCCGUUGCAGAGGUCAACGCCUCGGUGGCGUACAGACUGAGGACCCUGGAUGUGUUGGCCUUUUUCCGGAACAGCCUGGUGGAAAAAACUCAUUCCCCCACCCAGGCCUCAGAAAGCUCCCUUCAACGCUGGAGGGUCAUCUCUCAGUUCCAGUACCGACCUCGGGGCCCUGUCAUCAACUUCCUGAACAACCAGCUGCUGGACGCCGUGGUGGAGGCCUUCUCACUCCCGGCCGCGCAGAGGAGGUGGCGGAGGAGUGAGGAGCCUAGGCACAAUGUGGACUUCCGUCCCAUCUCUAGAGAAGACGUUCGCAACAUGGAGAGUCUGAACUUGACCACACUGGAAACUUACUUCAAAUGCAAUGGCUACAAGGGCUACCACCUGGUCUACAGCCCCCAGAGCGGCUUCACCUGCGUGUCCCCAUGCCAUGAGGGCUAUUGUGAGCAUGGAGGCCUGUGCCAGCACAUGCCCGAAGGGCCCCACUGCAGCUGUGUGCCCUUCUCCAUCUACACGCCCUGGGGCAAGCAGUGUGAGCAUCUGAGCAUGAAACUCACAGCGUUCUUCGGGAUCCUGUUUGGAGCCCUGGGCGCCCUCCUGCUACUGGGGGCCUUGGCGUUUGUGGUCUUGCGCUUCUGGAACGGCUCCGGGAUCCGUGACUCCUACCUCCUGGACUCCAGAGCUGAGGCCUUGCCCCAGUGGGGCAUCUGGGGCCUAGGAUACCUCAGGACCACCUCACCUGCACACCUACCAGCUUUGGGGAGAUUGGAAAAGCGAAAAUGA